AGACCAAAUACCCAGAAAUGGAGUUCAUGUUCAUUCCGCCAGGCUCACCGCACAUGGGCGGUGCAUGGGAAAGAUUGGUACGCUCAACAAAGUCCAUUCUAACGGAGAUCUUGCCGCCUGGUGGAUUGCGAGAAGAAGUGCUUCGUGCUGCGUUGGCUGAUGUGGAGGGUAUUCUCAACUCACGCCCACUUACAUAUGUACCACUGGAAUCGGCAGACUCAGAAGCGCUUACACCGAACCAUUUCCUCUUGGGCCACUCUAGUGGAAUUCGUGAACGAGACAGCGAAAUACAAAAUGGUAACAAGCUUGCCAAAGGAUUCAGAAUUUCGAGCCAGUUAGCCGAUCAGUUCUGGAAAAUAUGGAUUCGAGAAUAUCUGCCAACGCUUACGCGCCGUACCAAAUGGUUCCAUCCGCCGCCAGAUUCGAUCGCCGUGAAUGACAUUGUUGUUAUCGCAGAUGAGAAUGGCAAACGAAACAGCUGGCCCAAAGGAGUUGUGGUAGAUGUUCACCGAUCGAGAGACGGUCAGGUAAGGAGUGCCGUUGUGCGCACUCCAGAAGGUAUUAUGACUCGCCCCGCCGUAAAGCUAGCCAAAUUAGAUUUGAAAAUUGGUAAUACACAACGCGAAUGCUAGUGAAUUACGGGGUGGGGAAUGUUGGCGGGCGAACUAAAUUUUCUACUGGGGCUUUGCCAGCGCAUUUCCUACUGGGCAUUUGUAAUCGGUGAUUCUCUUUUGUGCAUUGGAAUUUCACCGUUACGUUCGCUAGAAGUAGCAAUGCAGCUGCAAAUUUCGGCAGCGUGAUUUAAUUUGAAUUUGUAUUUGAGCCCAAGCAGAGGCAAAUAAUUGUUAACAAUAAAAUAGGGAUUUGAAGGUGUGCGCAGAGCACGAAUAUUUCAGCAAAUAUUGAUCCACUACAAGUUGUUGUUUUCGAGUAGUGGAUUGCUCGAAGUACGAGCAACGGCACACCA